CUUACAUAAGCCUUCCACUUCAAAAAAAGACAUGUCCAAAAGGCCCAUCAGCUUAGAGCAAAACCUGCCCACUGCAGCUUUCUGCUGCAAAUCCCCCGCAUAUCGAUGCAGCAUAACUUUGAGGGCUGAUGCUGUAAGCCGAAAGCAUAACAAAUCCUGCACGAAUUUAUUUUUGCAUCAGAGCAAGUUCUAUUUUUAGCUCACUCGCUUGAAGAAAUGAAAACCAGACGAAAGUUUGGUUUCUGGCGGGGCAUAUCAUUGCGACAAAGAUAACUAAGGUGCUUCUUUCUGUGAAGGAUAUGCU